AUGGAUUUAAUGGCUUAUGUCCCUCAUUUUUCAGAGGCGCCGCACGUCGAACGUGCACCGGUACUCGAACAUGUUUGCGAACAGCAAAAAGAGGAGGACUACGUAGAAACUGCGAUAAAGGGCGACUCGGUUCGGGCGAAAUUAGCUAGAUGGUUCCUGCGUCAACGAAUUUUAUCGCAGCGACAUCAUUUGACCCAUUGGAGCUUAAAGAGCACGACCGCGGUGAAUUACGAGAUCUCGAGACACGUGAAAUCUCAUCCCUAUAUGAUCCAUCCUUUCAGUUCGUUCAGCAUCUUUUGGGAAUUGUUUAUGACGAUAUUCACGGUGGUCGCCCUCGUGGUCACUCCAGUGUCGAUUACGUUUUACUUCCAGAACAACGACAUUUGGCACGUGAUCACAGACAUGGUAAACCUUGUAUUUUUGUGCGACAUUGUACUGUGGUUCUUCACGGGUUAUUACGAUUACCAGACUAAAGUUAUAGUUCUGGACCCGAGGAUAGUGGCGAUAAAGUAUCUCAGGAAGUAUUUCCUAAUCGACGUAAUGACCGCGCUACCGAUCACCUCCGUGGACGGGAUUUUCCCCCACUGGAAAUGGUUCUGCACCGCUUUGAACAUGAUGAAGUUCUUACGAAUUCGCAACAUAAUCGUCUACUCCCGCAGGCUCCACGGUGUUAGUUUCGCGACGACGCUGAAUCGAUGUGCGAUGGCUCGUAAAUUCGUCGAUGCUCGGUUUCAGGUGUACCGGAUAAACUAUCAAACGUACAAGAUCCUGGAAACGAUCAUCGUUGUCGGAUUGAGUAUACAUUGGGCCGCUUGCUUCGAAUACUACAUUCCUAUCUGCGUGGAGUAUCUGGGCACUUUGAGCAGUCAAUCUUGGAUUAAUUCCGAAUUUUUCCGGAGCAAGGAAACCAGUACGGAACGUUAUUUGGUGUGCUUGAAUCGCGCGAUUACCGCAUUGGUUCGUUCCGCGCAUUAUUUGGACAUGAAAACGCCGGAAGAUAUCCUACUGAAUCUGCUACUGACUUUCAUCGGGUUCAUGGGUUUCGUGUACUCGAUAACCCAAUUGGCCGCCUUGUUAACAACGUUCCACAUAACGAUCAAGCGCCAGCUAAAGAUUAUGCAACAAUUAGAAGAAUACAUGCGGUACAAGGAGCUUCCACAAGCUCUGCAACGUCGAUUACUAGUUUACUACAUGUAUCGGAACAAGAAGCGCUUCGAGAGGAACAAAAAGAUAAUAGACGAGGUCUCGCCCUACUUGAGAGAGGAGUUGAUUUUGCACAACUAUCUGAGGCUGGUCUCCAACGUGGCUCUAUUCAAACAUCUGCCGGAGUGCGUGGUCGCGCAGUUGACGAGCGCGUUGCGUUCGGAGAUCUACAUGAGCGGCGAUAAGAUUGUUAAAGCUGGUACGCGCGGCGAGUCCCUCUAUUUUAUCACAUCCGGCACGGUGGCGGUUUACACUGCUAACGGAAAAGAGGUUUGCCAUCUGGAAGACGGAAGUUACUUCGGCGAGAUCGCGUUGGUGAUGGAAACCGAGUUGAGAAUUGCUACCGUGAUAGCGGUGGAGACAUGCGAGAUUUGCGUGUUGGAACGCGACGAUUUCCGUCGCUACAUAUUCAGAUAUCCGGAUCUGUUGAACCGUUUGCAGAACGUCGUCCUCAAAAACUUGGAGGACAACCCGGGUCUAGAGGAGGCCUGCGAUAUGGACACCUCCGUGAGGCUCCAGUACAUCAACAUAAGUAGCAUCAAGCGCGAUCGAAGAACUGCCAGCAAGCCAACCAGUAGCAAACCAUCAACGCAUCGAAGCAAACUGUCAACAAGUCAAUAGCGUCGUCAUCUUACGAGUCGUUACUUGGACAUGUCGCAGCAUCACUGUUUCACAAUUUCUUCUAAAUCAUCUACAUGUGUACGUGCUGCCGUUACUUGCGCCAACGAUGAUGGAAUUAAUUCUAUCUUAGACGGUAUCAUAAAUGAAGGUAAUUAACAACGAUAAUUUCUUCGCCUAUGCGGGUUUCUGUAAGACUGUUGGUAAACCGACAUAAGCCUCCAGUGUUCCGGGUAGUCUGCGCCUCUGCAUCCGCUCAUAACGCUGAAGGGCGGGGCCAAGGUGUCGAUGCGAAAAGACCGCUUGGCGAACGGAGUCCUAGGUCUCUGUACUAUAAGCUUCUUCUUCUGAUCUUCUUUCUUCUCAAUGCCCAGAGCCAGUCCCACGGCCGACUUGAUCAGCCUAGGAUCGUCCGUGAGAUCUCUCGGCUCGCAGGCGACGCACUUUCUGAAAGCGGCUCUUCGGGGACGUUCUUCUACUUCCUUUUGCUUCGAUAUGCUGACACCGUCGAGUCUCUUGCAGAGGCAAUCGCAGCAGCAGCUUUUACCGUUGUCGGUUUCCUCUUUGUUCCCCGAACGAACUGUUCGACGUUUCGCGCAACGCUCGUGGCUUUUAGCGUCGGAGCGAAGAGAACUCGUCGAGCUGGUAGCCCGGUGAACCAACGUGAAGAUGGCUGGCGCGAGACCGCCCUCCGAGCCGUCGAUGUGGCUGGGUCUAGGCGGUUCGUAGACAGGAUCUAUCGGAGUCUCCCAACAGAUAGCCAAGUCCAUCUUCGUUUUCGGCUCCUUGCAACCCAAGCUCGGCCCGUACCUUCCGGCCGGCCUGCUCGCCGGAUCGUCGGAUUCUUGAUUGCAGCGGCUGCAACCGCUGUGGCUGUGUCUUCCGCUCGGAUGCCGAUGUCAGGACCCAUGUCAGGACCGAUGUCACGACCUUUCCGGACCGGUGUUCUUGAACACAAUGUCGUCGACUUUGUCCGGCAGUGGCUGAUGGUCCAAGUUCUCCGCGUGCAGUUUCUUCGCCAAAGCGAAGUGCUCGUAGCAAGAUGGUCGAGCAUCGGUGUUCGUGUUCUUCGGUGUCUCCGCGACAUCUUCCUCGGUCUUUCUCUUCUUGGGGCAAUCGCAAGCGUGAUCGGACAGGGAAGGUAUCUUCAGGUUCCCGGUGACGUACUUGGGCUGACAGCAUUCGUGAAAUCCAUUGGCUCUUGCAGAAUUGACCAGCUUCCCCGGACAAUGAGCGCAGCACUUUUGAGUCUUCAUGGUGUUUCCGUUCUUUCAAGUCAGUCUAUCCAUAGAGAUUCGGAACAGAUCGCUUUGAUCGGCCCGUGAAUCAGCGAUAAGCUGAACUCGGAACAAAGGCUGCUCAAGGUCGACCAAUGCCAAUGGACGAAAGAACUUCGUCGUCCCCAAACUCCUUCGAGCAACCUGCGCGCUUUGAACGCGACUGUAGGAAUGCCGUCCUCUCUCUUGUCUGCCUCCCUAAUCUCGGUUAACAGGAACGAUUGUUUGCUUGACGACGCGCUAGUUCGAUACCAUGAUCCUGCAUACAUAGUUAUAGUCACAGUUGUAGCUAGUUACAGACACCAGAGAUGCGAUAUUGUUCCAGUCAUUUCCGAGUGUAAUGCUUAAAAUAUCGAAUGACGAUGUUACAUGCUCAAAUAUACUGCGACAGUUCAGACUUAAUUGUUCCAUCACAUCUGCCACGAGUCCAAGACAACUGUAUUAAUCGCGUUCUAAUCAGCAACAAACAAUAUCUACGAUUCCGUGGACUUUUUCCUUAUCUCUUCAUUCGUUUUCAACGCUGUUUAUUCUCUGUAUUGUAAUCCAAACGAUUUUCUCAUCCUUAAAUAAAUAAAUAAAUGAAUGAAUAAAUAAAUAAUGCUUC